UAUGUUUCAGACUAUUGAAAGGCUAUUCAAUGAUGUUAAGAAGAAGAAGCCAAAGGGACAGCUGCUGUCUUCUGCUACUCCUGAGUUUGUGGAGUUGAAAGCACUAUGGCAGUACACAUGCUCAGAACAAGGUCAGGUUGCUAGGCAAUGCAGCCAGUUGUGGAUACAACUUUUAAAGGAACAGUGUGCAGAUUUCACUUACGUUCUUAAUGGGUUUUUGAAUCAAGUACCAACUUCAAAGAAUCUAUGUGGUGUUGUGAUGGGGGUGUCAGAGAUGUUAACCCUACAAGUCAUUUUGAAAUGUGCGGCUAAUGAGGAAUAUGUGUGUCCAUAUGAAAUCAGAAGUCCACCACAUCCAUUCAUAUCAAUUAUUACAAACAGACCUGCAGAGUCAUGGCCCUUGAUUUUAGAACAGAUUGACAGAUUGUUCACCCAUUCUGAUCGAAGAGUCCAAGAGAAUGUUUUUGUGAUGUUGGAUCCUUUUAUCAAAUUUGUAUUAUUGGACCCAAAGUGUAGUGAACAGUAUAGUAAAUUACGGUCUAACAUGAAAGUGAGGCUGGUGAAUCAGGUCGGAAAGGUUGAUGAUCGUGAAUUGAGAAAUGAAUACAUGAAAUACCUUAUAGACUUGCUGUCCAAGAUGCAGGUUGACACUGCAGACAAUACUGUAGAAACAGCGGAGUAUUGUAUUCAACUUCUUCAUCUCUAUGGUAACCAUGCAGAAAGUCUUGACCAUUGUCAUGGUAACAGGAUAAGUGUGUAUGUCCUUGAACUGUGUCAGAUAUAUCAGGAGAAGAAUCUGGACAGUUACUCUCUAAUCCUGGCUGUCCUGGAAAUGUCUAAACACACACCUGAGGUACUAUGUACGGAUGUGAAUAUUUGUACUCUUGCCCAGCUUAUUCUGCAGGCAUCUAAUGAUGAUAAAAUUCUUCUACUAAAGAUAGUGAAAGCUGUUUUGGAGAAUGGACAUGGAAUUUUAAACCCUCUCUGUGCUGGACUGGUGUCAAUGGCAGCCAUUAAUGUCAUAGCAACCCAACAGACUGCUACCAUGACAACACAGCAUAAACUGCUGACAUCACUGGCUUCUGAUGUCAUACGUCUGCUGGAGAAAUACCAAAUGAAUUCAUCUCAAGAUGUAAGAGAAGAACUGAAUACAAACUUGUUGUCUAGUAAUGGCUACAUGACACGUGCAUUUGUGCAACUGGCUCGUUCUUUCUCCAGAAAUUCCUCUUUUCUGGAAACAUGGCUCUUUACAAUACAGAAGCACUUAGCAAGGAAGGAGACUGUGUCACCAUGUUUGACAAAUUUACUGGUAUCUGUCCUGAUAAAGUUCCCAGAUGAGGAGAUCAGUCUGCUUGUCAUAGACAGAUUGUCUGAUGUUGUGAAAUCAGACCCGUCACAGGGUUUGUACCUGCUACCUGUUUACCUGUAUGUUAUAGGAAAGAGCUGCUGUCCUAAAGUAAAUCUUCAUGUAUUGAAUGCACUUCCAAAACUUGCAACUCACAAGUUCAAUGUGGCACCUGUCCUGAAGACCAUUUUGAAUUUGGCCCAGUCUCCAAAAAUGAAGAGUUUGUCGAUUAAGCUUUUGACGGAAUUGUGGGCCUUGCAAGAUCGAUGUUUCCCUCAUAUUUUAAAGGCAAUAACAGAAAGUGAAAAAGGAAGUAUGAAAAUAGGGUCUGUGAUCGAUGAUGUGACCUUGGCAAAGGCAAUGGCAAUAAAAGAGAUAUGUAGAUUAAGGCCAGAGCAGCAUGGUGCGGAGAUGUUAGGACCUCUCUCGGAACUGUUGACUUCCAGUAGAGAUUUGAGCAGUUCACCUGUAGCAGCUCUCUGUCUGGAGGCACUGUACUAUGUCUGUGAGGCGGAGAUGAUAGACAUAAUGUCUGCAUGGAAAGUGUUAGAGUCACAACUCAUAACUGACACAAGAGUUGUUGUGAUGGUAAAGACAUGUGAACUGUUGUCAUUGGUACCCAGCUUGCAAGUUAAAACUGCUGAAUAUGAGGAUUUCCUAUCUGAGAGUGUCCGUAGAUUAUGGUUACUAACACAGUGUGAUGUAGAAAUGGUGAAAUCUGCAGCUUUUUCUGCUCUGUCCAAAUACAGUCAGGAGCACUUUAAAAUAUCCCACUUUAAAUACCAGAUCGUGAAAGAGUUUGUGGAGCAAGGGGAGGCAAUCCUUGCAGCAAGUGAGAAUGAGGGAGAUACAAUUGAUACAGUUAUACCAUCGGUUCCUGGCAUCUGCUACACUAGACUGCUCUCAGAAUUACAUGGUUUAACUCUGACAGGUUUUCUUGACUUUUUAUCAGCUAUGGUAGGGAAAGAAGCUGAGAAUCUCCCACGGGGCAUCUACUUCACGUCACUACGGCAACAAGGGUCUUUAUCAAAUCAGAGCAAGGAAUUGACUGCAAUUCCUAAUUUUGUCCAAUCACAGUAUGACAAAAAUAAACAACCUGGUUUAAGGGCAAGUCUUGCAGUUGCUCUGCUGUUCACAUAUGAUCCAAAGAUAGAAGUAGGACGUGAUGGAAGACCAAGGAAGCACUACAUGCUAUCCCAUGGCAAGAAUUAUCAACAAGUGUUUAAUACGUUACUUCAAGAUGUACCAGUACAACCCUCAGAUUGGUACCGUACAUCUCUCAUGGGACAGGCUUGGACUGCCUUUGUUGACAGACUUUUCUCAGCAAUGUUACAGGCAAGGAAAGCAGAGAUAGAUCUUCAGUUAAAUAGAGAUUUUAUUGAUGAGAAAGAGGCUGAAGAAAAGAAGUUGUCAGCUUGGUUCUGGGUACGAGACAGCAUUAUGGACAUGAUUAAGAAGUCAACCAGGGGCAAUCCAUCAGUUCAGUUCAACGCUGUUCUUGCCCUGUCCGGUUUGGCUCGGAGCGUUCACAGGUACAUAUCAAGUUUGGAUAGUGAAGAGAGGAAGAGAAUGGAUGAUGUCACGGAGCACACAAGUCAUUCUCAUUGGCUAGUCAUUAUGAUUGACAGCUGUAUGUCACUGAUUGAUUUCACGUACAUGCCAAAAUCUACAUUGUUCGGAUUAUGUCAGCAGCGUUCUGUAGAUGACAGACUUCCAGCCAGCAUUUUAGCUCAGGCGGCAGGAAUUUUGGCUCUUUGCCAAAUAGCAUCUCUUAUUAUGAAUAAUUACAUAGAGCUUGUUUAUCAACUUCUGGACAUGUUAAUACAAUGGUUACCAGGGAAACAGUCAGAUGAUGACUGUCCACCAGUUUUACAUUUCUUCCGCUCUUUGGGUCUCGGAGUAUUCCUUGAUCAACUGAUAUCUUCAAAUUUCACAGAAAUUGCAGGUUCCAAAGGCAGUUUGGCAGUAUGGAAAGCUUUAGACAAACUUGAAGAGUGUUGUCUGUCUGACUCUGAACACAGGACUGGGGCAUUGUUGGGUCUCUCUGUAAGUCUGGGUACACUUUGUCAAGAUGGUAAAACCGAAUCAAGAGUGCAUAUUUCAGCAAUACAUGCCAAACUAAAAGAUGCAUUAAAACAAGCACCAAGAGAACAUUCAAAUUUUCAAGUGUUAUGCACAUGUAUAGGUUUAGUGACUGGAACUGGUUUUGUUUCAAACAUCUUGGAUAAGUCUUGUUUUGAUGAAACCCUAGCCAUUAUACAGGAUCUUACUGACACUAAUACACAGGGUGCAGGAAUUUGUUUAGCCCUUGGAAGUUUAUGUUUUGCUGGAGAGAUUGGAGGGCACCCAGAAAUUUCUCAACUGAAACAGAAACUGAUAUCUGACUGGAAAACAACAUUGACCAAAGCAGACGGCACAGAGUUAGAGAGAGUAGCCUCCCUUUAUGGUCUGGUGUCGGUAAUGGGAUAUAAUGGAUUGUAUGGAAAUGAUGAUACCAAAUCAUUAUCUACUUCAAGAGCUGGCAUUGAUACUGUCAUAAAAAGCAUCAAAGACCUAGUGACCUCUUGUGACCUUGUUGGUAUCCAGGCAACAGCUGGCUGGUUGCUAGGCACUAUAUACAUGUCAGCUUCAAGCACUAAUUACAGCUCAUCAGUAUCUGCACCGGGCACAUACAGCUAUCUACAGGAAAACAGUAUUCUACGGGCAGUGGUUGACUUCCUAAUUCAAGCAGGAAAACAAGGUCCUGAAUUUAUUCCAAGUAAACAAGUUGAAGCCUGCCUUGUAAGUCUGCAAAGGGAAGUAACUGCAACUUUACCACCACUUAAUUGGAUGGGGAUUUUGUCUCCCUUAAUGAAAUUGCAAUUUGAUGAGGAGAUAAAGUUACUAUGUAUCAAGUUAGCUGUGAAGUUAAGCAGUUCUUCAUCAUCUGCCGCUCUAUUUUUAGCUGCAUGGAUUGUACCGCCACUCUUCAACACACUUCCGGUAAAAUUCCAGUGUUUGCUGUUAUCCUCUGCUGGACAUUAUGUCAAAACUGUUACCCCUGACGUCCUGAAAUCAUUUUUGGACAAAUGCUGUAGACCAGUUUUUGCAACAUCGUCUGCUGAAACAGGAAGUAAAGAAGGGAGAGCACUCAAAAUUGCAGUAUUAAAGGGACUUCACUCUUCCCUUGCUGUUCAUGACCCACCAGAAUCAGUAACAGCAAUGUUGUAUGAUAUGGUUGAGUUUGUUUACCAACAUACUGGUAGUGAAUCUGACGUUGAUGUAUUGAUAAAUCUGGCUGAAUGUUUACGUAAUAUACCAGACUCCCUGCUUGAUAAAAUAACAACUGGAGACUGUACCUGCAAGGACUCUGUGACACGAGGGACAUUCAUACGUAGUUUCCUUGUUGCUAAUGGUAACCAGCCCAUCACACUACUAAACAGCUGUAUAGAUGCUACCUUUAAUACUGAAUGUGACAGAGACAAAGUUUUGAGUAUCUUAGUUCACAGUUUCCAACGUAUGAUGAUGUUAGAAGGAACGAAAAAACCAACUUUACAAUGUGUACAAUGGCUACAUGAAAUUACUGGCCAUUGUCGAAACAUUGCCAUGGGAACGUUUAAACUGACAGCAGAAGAUGCUGAUAUAAGCAAGGCAACACAAUUUGCUGUCAAUAUAAUAGCUGCAGCUGUGUGUUUGUGGACCUCAAGGUCAUCUGUAGCUUCCCUGCUUAACAUCAACUUUGACCUUUUAACUGUGCCAACAUCGGGCUGUGAGGAGGGCAGUGAUUGGCUGGAAAAGUGCUUUGAGCAUGACGACGGAAGAAUUGAUUGGUCCACUGGUAUCAAACCAUUAAAUUGUAUGCAAGCGUACAUACAGAAUUUAACAUCAGAGCCAUGGAAUCAAAUUUUGCAGAAAAUUGUCGACUGGCAUGUUGCUAUGUUUGAAACAGCAGAAGACAUAGUAUCAAAGGACAUGAAGAGAAAGCUUAUGGAAUGCCUCUUCUGUUUGCGACAUUGUGCAGAAUUCAAGAAGUUAACUACAUGGACAAAAGCAGUGAUGUUUACAGUCUAAUUAUAGAAAUC